AUGGGAAUUGAGAGAAAAGUGAUCGUACCAGGAGUCUACCCAGAGUACGCUGCGGCCGCAUUCAUCGAGUUAUGGCGUAAUGAAUCCGACAGUCAGCCAUACUUCAAACUUCUCUAUCGUGCGAACAAAACUUCUCCAAUCUAUCCGAUUACAAAAGAAAUCAGUGAAUGUGAUGGUAAAGAAUAUUGUCCCUUGCAAGUAUUCAGAGAUUUUGCGGAAAAAGUCAAGAUUUACAAACCAGUACCAGAGGUGAGCAUUUAA